UCAUAGUUUCGUUCAUCUUACUGCAUCCUCGAGAAUCCUAAAUUUGACUUAAGAGUAUGUUUUAUUCUAUUUUUUCAUUGAAGUACAUGAAAAUUAUGGAUUAAGAUAUCAGUGUCUUCUUGGGAAUCGGGAAACAGGAUUUCUUUUUUCUUUUGGUAUAUAAAGUGGUUUUGAUUGCUCAUUUUUUCUAUUAAAUACAAGCCUAGAAGAUGGGUUAUUGUUUUCCUUGGUUAUUUUUCCAUUGCUAAUUAUAUAUCUCCUACCCUUGAAAUGUGCAGAAACCAGAAGACAUUUCAGCCUAAGAAGAGUGCUCCAUCAGGAAGUAAGGCUGCACAGCUUCAAAAUCAUAUUGAUGCUACCUUAGGUAGUGGAAACUUAAGGGAAGCUGUUCGACUGCCUCCUGGUGAACAUCCUAAUGAGUGGUUGGCUGUAAAUACUGUUGACUUCUUCAAUCAAGUGAACAUUCUGUAUGGCACUCUUACAGAAUUCUGCACUGCAUCAAGCUGUCCAUUAAUGACAGCAGGACCAAAAUACGAGUAUAGAUGGGCUGAUGGAGUUAGUAUAAAGAAACCCAUAGAGGUGUCUGCUUCUAAAUAUGUAGAGUAUUUGAUGGACUGGAUUGAGGCUCAGCUCGAUGAUAAAUCAAUUUUUCCUCAAAAGUUGGGGGCAUCAUUUCCACCGAAUUUUCAGGAUGUUGUUAAGACAAUAUUCAAGCGAUUGUUCCAAGUGUAUGCGCACAUCUAUCACACACAUUUUGAGAAGAUUGUGAGUCUACUAAAGGAAGAAGCUCAUCUUAAUGCUUGUUUCAAGCAUUUUGUUCUUUUUACAUGGGAAUUCCAGUUGAUUGAUAAGGGGGAGCUUGCACCCCUGUACGAGCUUAUUGAGUCUAUCUUACAGUUCUUUUUUAAAAUUUAUUUUGUAUUGGGGAAACGCAUUGUGAGCUUUUGUUUCGCAUCUCAUGCAGCCUUUUGAAUUCUUCUCUAUUUUUAUAUUUUUGUAAUGGAUGCAGUCUCCUGAGCUUCCGUUUGGUUUAGUUUGUAUAAAGAGUUUUGAGUUUUGAAUUAUAUUUUGAAAGAUAAGUUGAUGUAAAGAGUUUUGAAAAUAAUUUUGGGAUUUUAUUAUUAUUAUUAUUAUUAUU